AUGUCUAAUUCUGGAGAAUUUACCAGAACGCAAAUCUUCGGCACGGUGUUCGAGACCACCGCCAGAUAUGGUGACUUGAACCCUGUGGGCAUGGGCGCCUUUGGCCUUGUGUGUUCGGCCAUGGACAAACUUACUGGACAAAACGUCGCAGUCAAAAAGAUCAUGAAGCCGUUCUCAACGUCGGUUUUGGCCAAGAGAACGUACCGUGAGUUGAAAUUGUUGAAACAUUUGCGUCACGAGAAUUUGAUCACAUUGGACGACAUUUUCUUGUCGCCAUUGGAGGAUAUUUACUUCGUGACCGAGUUACAGGGUACAGAUUUGCACCGGUUGCUCACGUCCAGGCCAUUGGAAAAACAAUUCAUCCAGUAUUUCACUUACCAGAUCUUGCGUGGUUUGAAGUAUGUGCACCUGGCAGGUGUCAUCCACCGUGACUUGAAGCCAAGUAACAUUCUCAUUAACGAGAACUGUGAUCUUAAGAUCUGUGACUUCGGCUUGGCCAGAAUCCAGGACCCGCAGAUGACCGGUUACGUGUCAACAAGAUACUACCGUGCGCCAGAAAUCAUGUUGACAUGGCAGAAGUAUGACACAGAGGUGGACUUGUGGUCUGUUGGAUGUAUUUUAGCUGAGAUGAUCGAGGGUAAGCCUCUUUUCCCUGGUAAGGAUCAUGUCCACCAGUUUUCCAUCAUUACAGAGCUUUUGGGACUGCCCCCAGCCGACGUGAUCGAUACUAUCUGCUCCGAGAACACCUUGCGUUUUGUGCAGCUGUUGCCACAUAAGGACCCGGUGCCAUUCACCGAGAGGUUCGCCCAGUGCUCGCAAUUGGAGCCUGACGCCAUCGACUUGCUUGCCAAGAUGCUUGUAUUUGACCCCAAGAAACGUAUUUCCGCUGCUGAUGCGUUGACGCAUCCAUACAUGGAGCCAUAUCACGAUCCGUCCGACGAGCCAGUUUGCGAGACCAAGUUCGACUGGAGCUUUAAUGACGCAGACUUGCCGGUCGACACGUGGCGUGUGAUGAUGUACAGUGAGAUUCUAGACUUCCACCAAAUGAAUGGUGCUGACCAGGCCCAAGUGAUGCCUGAGCAGGAACAGGUGCCUACCCAGGUAGCAUAA